AUGUCCACUCGCCCAUUAUCCCUCCUGCGCUUGGUCGCAAGCAAGCAACCGCGUUCCCCCACCACGUACACCCUCCAUAUCCCUUGCUAUGUGAAGCCCAAUGCCUCCGCUCGUCGCACCGGUAUCACGGCCGUGGGUGUUAACAAUGUCGAUGUAUCUGUUGCUGCCAUUCCACGCGACGGAGCAGCUAAUCUGGCAGUGUCGCGGGUUUUUGCUGAGGUUGGUGACUUCUCCCAGGCGUAUUUUGUGGCUACUUCCGAUGGAUCCAACAAAUUUUGA